AUGGCAAUCAAAGGUCCUUUUAACGUUGUUUUUAUUGGAGCUGGGAACAUUAACUUUGGAAGUGACGAAGGCCCGUGGAAUCAUUCGGUCCGACUAGAGCACAAGUUACAGACACGAUUGAAUGUAGUAGCGAUCAUAGAUCCCGCCACUCAUCGUUCCAAACAGGUGAAGGAGUUGAAAUGUGCAACCUUUGUAGAGAAGGCUUAUAAGGAUGCAAGGUUAUGUAAAGAUUUAGACGAGUUUGUAUCAGUAAUGACUCCAGAAGAGAAACCCCACGCCAUCGUGAUCGGUAGUCCGGCUCAAUUUCACGGUAGUAACAUUCCUGGACAGGAUUUGGAAUUGCAAUGCUUGAAGCAUUUCCCCGACGUGGCGCUUUUUAUCGAAAAGCCUAUAUCAUGUGCUCCUGUUCCUGCUUGCUAUGCUUUGGCCGACAUCUUAGAAAAGAAAGAUUGCGUAACCUCUGUAGGAUACAUGUUGAGAUAUUUACAGGUCAUUCAACAAAUGCAACGCAUCAUCGCGGAAUCUGGAAAACCAGUGAUGAUGGUGGUAGCACGAUAUGUUUGUAGUUAUGCCAAGAUUAAAAGUGAAGUUUGGUGGAACAAAUCAAAAAGUCUUGGUCCGAUUGUUGAACAAGGCACUCACUUGGUCGAUUUAUGUCGUUAUUUUGGAGGUGAAGCUAUAUUGGAUUCUGUCCAAGCCACAUCUACCGAGUAUUUCGAAGAGGCUGGAAAGCUGGAGAUGAUUCCAAUCGACGAAUCCAAGAUACCUGAGGAACAUCGAAUUCCUCGUACUACCUCUGCACUCUGGAAAUUUGAUACCGGUGCUGUCUGUUCCUUCACUCACGCGUUGACUUUACAAGGCACCAAAUACUCAACCGAGUUGGAGGUAUACUUGGACGGAUGGCAAAUGAAAGUAGUAGAUUUAUACAAUGAGCCCACACUCUAUGUACGAUCGCCCGAAGCAGAUGCAGAACAAAAGAUUGAUUUUCCAUCCGAUGAUCCCUACUUCGGUGAGAUCUCAGCUUGGAUUGAUGCAGCUGAAGGAGGCAAUCACUCGGAUUCAGCUAUUGCUGAAGAUGACGAAGAAGAGAUUCCAAAUGGAAUCUUGAGUAGCUUCAGAGACGCAUGUGGGACUUAUGCACUCACCUGGUUUGUUUCAUUUUGUUGA